GGGGGGGGCGCUCCAUUUCUGCGACGCGAGGCUGGGUUUGAAGCCUGCGCCAAAAAUUUGAUGGUGAAACAGGUUCACCUGCCCAUCUGUCCAUUUGUCACUCGUGCUCGCCCGUGGCCAGCCUCUCGUUCCUACAGGCGUCCUUCGUCGAAUUCUCUCUGCCUGCUUGCCUUCCAAGUUCCACCCCAGCUCGGAAAGCAGAGUUGAAACUCGACGACCGUCAGAAGGGGGGCAAACACCUGCCCCGGUGUCUCCCCCCCCCCAACCAACCUUCGCUCGUUUGCCUUGCGCCUAUGCCUAAAUACCCCAGUAAGCUUAACCGUCGUCGCAGGCAGACUUGAGAUGCAGACAGACAAUCCGUGCCAAUCCCGUUGGGUCGGUUGCCAUGCGCUCCCGCCAGCCACCCAAUCAUCUCUGCACCUGCUCCAUCCACAGCCCUCGGACCCCCCGGCACUGGCUGUCAAAUCGCCAUCUUCUUGUCAGACGUCGCCCAUCAAGACGCCGGCCCCUGUUCCGGUUUCCCAACUCCCCACACCCAGCGAGCGAGCGCCAUCGCACGUCGUCCAAGUCACGCCACUUUUCUCGGCCGCGCAAGCCAGCGAUUGCCGAGUGCACCUCUGGGAAACAAUCUUCCAUGAUAAUCAAACGUGGCCGCAUGUCAAAGCUAAUAUUCGAUCGGUGAGCACCCGGCCAAGACCACGACACGCUCGGCGUGAUCGCCCUCAUCCGCAACACCUCAACACCGGAAGAACCUCGAAACUAAAGGCCUGGCGGUGCAGGCCUCUGCUAGUUGCGGCUCGGCACCUGUCAUGGCUUUUUUGCCCAUGCGUCACUGAGAGAGCCUCACGAUAUCUUGGCCGACUGCCAUGGGUCGUCCCAGCCCGUCGUCAAUCGGAACUUUGAAAGGUAGUAGGUAUGGAUCAUGAUGCGAAAUACCAACAAAAACAAGCGGGACCGCCAGAAAAUCUGCCAAGCUUUUCACUGCAUCACA